AAGAUCUGUCCAUCUGACAUGAGGCUCAGCCGCUCAAUAUUAAUGGAUCAUUUUUCGUGAUACACCGUACUCAGCGGGUCUAUGGUGUGCAAGUAUACUAAACUGUACUACUACACGGAUUCGGGCUCUCAAUCGAUUCUGGCUGUAUGCAUCGCCUUGCUAUGUUUGCGUCCUCAUUCUCCUUGCUGGGUUUACUCCCUGUCAUACUACCCAUCGUCUUGUCGCGAUUCACCUCCUACAGCACUCGCCGACUGAAGCAAUGUUCCGUCGCUUGUCCAAGAAGUUAACGUCCUCGCCACCCUCGACUGGUAGCCUCCGUCCUUCAGUGUCUAGGCCUCCUUUGAAACAAACCAAUCCCAAGGUGCUCGUCAUCAAGGGAUGUAUUCAGCGUGUUCUAGCGAGGUCCCGCAAGACUCCUAUGCAUGUAGCCAUACGACCUGUACGAGAGAAUAUACAGGAAGUCAUCCGAGCUCGGUCUUCGGAGGAAACAGGUCGCGGUACUACAACGGAUGAAAGGAGUCAGGUCAUAGUACCCGAGAGUUCGUCUGUGAAGAGGAAGAAAUUCGUGAAGGCAAAGAAAGCUUUUGAAGCGGGAGCGUCUGUCCUCCUUCUAGGAGCAGAGGCCUUUUCUGCUGUUGGUGACGCAUGUCCUCCUGCCAAAGCAGCCGUUAGCGGCUUGCUGCAUAUUGUCGAUAUGGAUCGGAAACUUCGGGACGAUAAGGAGGAGAGCGAAAAGCUGAUGAGCUGGAUUGACGAUCGUGGCAAGAUACUGGAGGAUACUAUUUCGACAGGGGCCGGCUUGCGUAAGGAGUUUGAAGAGGCUGUUAUCCAACUCAACUGUAAACUAGUUAAAGCUGCAGAGACAGUCUCGCCCGAAUUACAGAGCAAUUGGUUUGUCCGCUUGACUAACCUACGAAAGCGAUCUGGUCAACGGCGUCGGAUCCGUGAGAACAUUCAGACUGCCUUUGAGAACUUCCAGUUCCGAGUGAAUGUCCAUGAUACCCUCCGGCUGUCUGUAGCACAGGAUUCCCAUGUUCCUGUUUGUGCAGCGUACUCGAAUCUGAUGAAAACGCAAUAUAUGCAUAGACAGAACCAAAUCACAGAAUAUUCUCGUCCUGCAAAGUCUACCAAUGCGGCAAUGCCCACUUCAGCAUUCGCAGACGAAACCCUUGUUCCGCCGCUUUACUAA